GUUAGCCUCUAGUCCAGCAGGUGGCGCUAGCGCACCUUUACGCUGGUCACGGACCACCGGAAGCAGCAGAAACCGGAAGCUGCUAGCAGAGCUAGCUUGUUGUUGUUGUGGUGUGUGAGGAGAAGAUUUGAGGCUCUGCAGUAAAAAUGUCUUCACUUCAGUCUCUGGGAGAGUUGAUCAGCUAAAGCGACUAACUGCUGCUGCUGCAGAAAUCUUCUCACCAGGCUGUGGAAACUUUCUUCUCCUCCUCAACAACUUGGUGGAGUUCUUUCCAGAAGCAGAGAAGCUAUUCUGCGGUCUUCGUGACAAUCGGAGCUCCAGAAGCAGGUGAUGGGUGAGAAAAGCUUUUCUCUAGACUUCCUGCCCUCUGGAUCUGCUGCUGUUCCUUUGGCCUCUCUGAGAAACGCGCUCGUUUUGCUGCUUUCAUCAGAUUGAAGAGGUUCCCUCUAUCAGACUCGCUCAUCUGAGUUGGUCAUGAUGCAGGAUCGCUGCUCGCUCUCUCAUCCAUCCUGCUCACACUCUCCGACGGAAAAGGCCCGAAUCUGAAUGUGACUCUGGAGGAAAAAGCGGUUAGCUCUACUCCGUGAACUCUGCUGUUAGCUAAACACGGCUAAAGAAAACCUGCUACCACUUCAGGAUCAUCCAUCAGCUGGGACUGCUUCAUCAGCAUGGACACAGAUGUUCAACAGCUGGUGCUGGUUAAAGAAGAAGCUCCUGGUGAGGACCAGCAGCACCCAGAACACCUCCACAUAAAGGAGGAACAGGAGGAACUCUGGACCAGUCUGGAGGGAGAGCAGCUCCAUCUGAAGGAGGAGACUGAUGCUGCCAGGUUUCCAGUCACUGUAGUUACUAUAAAGAGUGAGGAUGAUGAAGAGAAACCUCUGAUCUCACAGCUUCAUCAACAGCAACUAGAAGACAGAGAUGUUCCAACCAGCAGCUCAGCUGACCAGAUGACAGCAGAAACUGGUGGAGGAGCAGAGAGUAGCAGGAACGCUGAUCUGAACCUUCAUGAACAGACAUCUGAUUCUUCAGAGACUGAAGUUAGUGGAGAUGAUGAAGAGGAUGAUGAUGUGAAUGUAGAUUUUGAGCAGUCAGACUCUGGGUCUGAAACUGGAGACAAAGACUGUGACUGCACUAAGAACAGGUCUUCCGAGUCAGAUAUUAGGACUGUCAACAAAUCCUUUAACUGUCCUGAGUGUAGUAAACAUGUGAGAGUGACAGGUCAUUCACCAAAAAUGUCUUCAAGUUGUUUGGUUAAAAAGAAAUUUGUCAGAGUGAAGCAACAUGUAGACUCAUGCAGGAAAUUCCAGAAAGACCUAAAAUCAUUUAGUUGUGAUGACUGUGGAAAACAAUUUAGUGUAAAUUCAAAUUUAAACAGUCACAUGAGGGUCCACACAGGACAGAAGCCUUUUGCCUGUGAGCUCUGUGGAAAAACAUUUAGACAAAAGGUUACUUUAAGCAAUCACAUGAGAGUUCACACAGGACAGAAGCCUUUUCCCUGUGAGCUCUGUGGUCAAAGAUUUAGACAAAAGGUUACUUUAAGCAAUCACAUGAGAGUUCACACAGGACAGAAGCCUUUUGCCUGUGAGCUCUGUGGUCAAAGAUUUAGCCAUAAGGCAACAUUGAACAGUCACAUAAUAGUCCACACAGGACAGAAGCCUUUUGCCUGUGAGCUCUGUGGUCAAAGAUUUAGGCUUAAGACAACGUUAAAUACUCACAUAAUAGUCCACACAGAACAGAAGCCUUUUGCUUGUGGGCUCUGUGGUCAAAGCUUUAGCCGAAAGACAACUUUAAACAAUCACAUGAGAGUCCACACAGGACAGAAGCCCUUUGCCUGUAAGCACUGUGGUAAAAGAUUUGGCCGAAAGGCAACUUUAAAUGAUCACGUGAGAGUUCACACAGGAGAGAAACCUUUUGCCUGUGAGCUCUGCGGUCAAAGAUUUGGCCGUAAGGCAACUUUAAAUGAUCACAUGAGAGUUCACACAGGACAGAAGCCUUUUGCCUGUAAGCUCUGUGGUCAAAGAUUUAGCCAUAAGGUAACUUUAAACAGACACGUAAUAGCCCACACACGACAGAAGUCUUGCCUGUGAGCAAUGUGGAAAAAAAUUUAGCCAUAAGACAUAUUUAAAUAAUCACAUGAGAGUCCACACAGGACACAAUGAACAGGAGCCACAAAGGUGUGGUUCACUGAAAAAACAAUUGUUAAUAAUUAUUUCUGAUAAUAACUGGUCACAGUUUUUCAUGCAGGCUGAAAAUGGAAAUAACCUCCUACACGUAUCUCCUGCAUUAGCUUCUGAUACAUUUGGCUGCAACAACGAAUAGAUAAAUUCGAUGAAAAUCGAUUACUAAAAUCGUUGGCAACGAAUUGCGUCAUCGAUUCGUUGUGUUGCACAACUCUUCCAAAAGCCCCCUCCCGCCCGCCGUUGCGCGCAGACCGGAGAGCCGGCAGGUGUUUGGAAGAGGAACAUGGCAGAAGCAGCGAGACCCAAAAAAAGUAAAAACUUCUAAAGUUUGGGAGCAUUUUCAGUUAAAUCAGGCGAAGACAUUUGUUACCUGCAACGUUUGUAGGUCAGACUUAGCAUGGCACGGGAGUACUACGGUGAUGAUUUAGCAUCUUAAACGCAAGCAUGUCAGAAUCAUCAGCGAGGAAGGAGAGAGCUCUGUGUCCGGUAAGUUAAAAACUUUUCAAAAGUGAUUCACCCAAGCCCUGGAUUAUUACACAGGCUAGACAUGCCCUAAGCUCGUAAAAAAUAAAUAAAAUCGUAAGUGCAACGCUAUUAGAUAGUCGGGGGGGGGGACUCGCGCUGCUGCAAACCGGUUCCGCCGUCACAUUCCUGCAGAAACUGGUUGAUCACACCGGGGCCAGACUACUAGCAUGUGGCUUUACAACCACAAUGUCCUCGGAAGCAAAAACACUUUUAAAAGGGAGGGAGGAGUCCUAACUGUUGCUGCAGGCGUGUUGUGUGAGAGUGCAGUUAUAUACUGGUUAAUAUAUUUUUGGGUUCAGUUGCUUUCAUGUGGCCUAAUGUGAGUCUAUUUGGGAUCAUUGGAAUGAUCAGCAGCAUUUCUUGAUGUGACUUUAUGGCAGUUGCCCAGGGCAUCAUCGCAAGGAGGAUGGCAUUCAUUUACUUUUGUUUUAUUUGGUAUUUUUUCAGUCAUUUUUGGAAAUAGUGAUUAAUUUUGAUUAAUUCACAGCCUAUGUUUAAUUACAUUUAAAAAUUAGUUGUUUGACAUCCCCAAUUAUAAUAAAUGUCAACAGAUGAGAUCAAACAAAACAGAUGAGAAUUGUUGCUGUUUAACUUGGACCAAGCAUUUUAGGUCACAGAUUGGUGUAGCUUAGGGUCUCUGUCUAUACACCUUAUAAGACAAUUUAGGUGAUGGCAUGUUGUUUUUCUGCUAUUGAACUGUUUUCUAAUAAUGUUGUGUUUAAUAAAGUGAAGGAAGGAGAGAAAUAACGUUUCCCUAGCAGUUUUUAAAAAUGUCCCCAUGUAAUCCGAUUAAUCGUGUCGAGACCCCAUCCGAUUCAUCGAUUAUCCAAAUAAUCGUUUUUUGCAGCCCUACUGAUAAACAUGUCGAAAAUAGACAGUGAAACUCUAGGAUUUGAAAUUCCCCAGAGAUCUACAUCACGCUGAGUUAGCAUUCACAGACUCACCAAUCUUGGCUAAAAAACUUUCCUUGUAGUUUGUGUAUCCUAGAUACAAAUCUUGCACCCCUGGUUGUUGUCCUUUACCCUACUACCCACCUAAAUCUGUAAAUUAAUCCCACAGAGAAGUGUAAUUUCUCACGGACUGCGUAAAAUCGAUCAGCUGUUACUCUGUGUGCCGUUUGCUCCCACCGAACUGGGCUAAAGGGCUUUGGUUCACUCUGCUCCUUCUGCAUGGAGCAGGCUGCAGGAAAACUGGAAAUUAACUGAGGUUAUCUCCUUGACUACAUGUAAAACCAGACUAAGAACCCUUGAGAGGAUUCCCUGUGUUGUAACUGCCUUCUGUAAUUUUGUACAUAACAUGUAACUGUAACUUUGUAACUGUAACUUUGCUGCCUCUUGGCUAGGACUCCCUUGAAAAUUAGGUUUUUAAUCCCAAAGAGACCUUCCUGGUUAAAUAAAGAGUAAAAUAAUUAAAUAAAUAAA